AUGGAGACAUCCAGAAUUUUUGUAAAAGGCCUCCCGCCUAACAUCACAGAGGCGGAUGUUCGGAAGCAUUUUUCAGCCAAGAACCGCGAGAUCACGGAUGUCAAGCUGAUCCCCCAGAGGCGUAUCGGCUAUGUCGGUUACAAAACACCCGAAGAUGCCCAAGGGGCCGUCAAGUACUUCAACAAGUCAUACAUUCGUAUGUCCAAGAUAUCUGUCGAGCCCGCUAAGCCCAUCUCAGAUCCAGCCCUUGAUAAGAGCCAGAGAGCAGUUCAUUCCGAUGCGCGUGUGGCGAACAACCCUCGUCCCCAUCUGAAGGAGGAGGGUGAUUCUAAGAAGCGGAAGCGAGAGGAUCUAGAUGAGUCCGAUCCCAAGCUGCGAGAGUUUCUCCGCGUGAUGAAGGCGGGCAAGGGGGGUGUCCUUGCAGAUGAAACAAAUCCUGACGCCGACAUGACCGGGCUCGCCACAGGUGGUGAGGCCCUUGUUGAAGAGGGCGAGAGUGAUAACGAAUAUGAGCAAAUCCCCAAGAGACAAGAGAAGCUUCGCAAGACAGAAUCGUCUGAAGCGAGUCGAAGUCUGGUGAUGAACCAACGACUACCUAGGGAGACGACUUUAGAUGAAGGAACCCAAUCUGUGGCAGAAGAAGUUGUAGCCGACGAUGUGAAACCCCAAGAAACCGAGGAGGCCCCUCAAACGUCAGUUGAUGCAACAGAUGACGACUGGUUAAGGUCACGGACAAACCGAUUGCUAGAUCUGGUCGACCCUGACGACCUUCCCCAGCCUGCCGAACAGGCAGCGCUUGAUGAGGCCGUGCGAGAUGACGGAGAAAACACCAACACACUGCAUUCCUCUCAUGAAGUCGUUAGUGAAGAUGCCCCUGACCAAGCAAAUGAUCAGGGAGCAGAAGCUACGGGUGCAGAUGAUGCGAUUGCAACUAUCACCCGGACGUCUCGGCUCUUUGUCCGAAACCUUCCCUAUACUGCUACGGAAGAAGAUCUCCAUCAGAAGUUUGGAGAAUUUGGCACUUUACAAGAGGUACAUUUGCCAACCAAUGCUUCUGGAGUCCGUAAGGGAUUUGCGUUGGUGCUUUACGAUGAUUCAUCCGAUGCUGUGAAAGCAUUUCAAGCUCUCGAUGGGGUAACUUUCCAGGGGCGAAUUCUGCACAUCAUUCCAGCUGAAGCCAAGAAGCUCCAGGACGAGUUUGGAAUGUCGAAAUUACCCCUGAAGAAACAAAACCUGAUACGCAAAAAAGCUGAGGCGUCAACAAGUGUCUUCAACUGGAAUUCAUUGUAUAUGAGCCAGGACGCUGUAAACGCCUCAGUUGCGGCGCGUUUGGGUGUUUCAAAAUCUGAAGUGCUUGAUCCUACAUCUGCGGACGCGGGUGUUAAGCAAGCUAUCGCAGAAACGACAGUCAUCCAGGAAACGAAGGCUUUUUUUGCUUCAAACGGCGUGGAUUUGGACGCCUUCAAAUCACACAAGCGUGGUGGGACGUCCAUUCUUGUUAAGAAUUUCCCGUAUGGUACUUCUAUGGAAGAACUCCGGAAAAUGUUUGAGGAGUGUGGCCCAGUUCUCAGAGUUCUCAUGCCCCCGACCGGCACCAUUGCCAUCAUCCAAUUCGCCCAGUUGAACCAUGCAAAGGCCGCAUUUGGCAAGAUGGCGUACCGUCGAGUCAAAGACAGCGUCCUUUUCUUGGAAAAGGCGCCAGUCGAUCUCUUCAAGAACGGCUCCGCUCAGGAUCAAGCUAGCCCCCUUGGGGAACAGCGCACGGGGGUCCAAAAAUUGAGUGUGGAUGAUUUGCUGUCAAGCGGCGAUAAGGUAGAGGAACCUGCGGAAACCGCAUCGCUCUUUGUCCGCAAUUUAAACUUUGCCACGACAACCAACAGACUGGCAGAAGCUUUUGAACCUCUUGACGGAUUCGUCUCAGCUCGUGUCAAGACAAAAAUAGAUCCUAAAAAACCUGGCCAGACGCUCAGCAUGGGCUUUGGCUUUGUAGAGUUUCGGUCUAAGAGUCAAGCUCAGGCGGCUCUCAAGACCAUGGAUGGCUACGUCUUGGAUGGUCAUACUUUGGGUGUCAAAGCCUCGCACAGGGGCCACGACGCCGCAGAGGAGAGACGGCGGGAGGACAUGGCUAAGAAGGCUGCGGCUCAGAGAACCAAGAUCGUCAUCAAGAACCUGCCUUUCCAAGCCACAAAGAAAGACAUCCGGACUCUAUUUGGUACUUAUGGCCAACUUAGAUCUGUCCGCGUUCCAAAGAAGGCCGACUAUACCGCAAGAGGUUUUGCAUUUGCUGAUUUUGUAACCCCUCGAGAGGCAGAGAAUGCACUAAAUGCAUUGAAAGAUACCCACCUUCUCGGGCGGCGACUAGUAUUAGACUUUGCUGCCGCCGAGGCUGUCGAUGCUGAGGAAGAGAUCGAGAAGAUGCAACGCAAGGUAGGGGGCCAGGCCAAUAAAAUGGCCCUUCAGCAGCUUACUGGAGGAGGGAGGAAAAAGGUUACUAUUGGCAAUGACGAGGAUGAGCUUGAGGCUUAA